GUCUUACCAUUGUCUGUCGUGUUGUUUUUAGGGAAAAAGUAUGGCAGCUACACUCUGAUGCACCUGGAGAGCAACCGCAUUGUGGACCUGCAGCUCGUUCAGAGCAAUGAAGUAGGAAGUAGGAUCCACAUGGAGAAGGAGGGGCUGAAACGCUGCCUGAAUGUUCUGGAGUCUAACUGUUUGCCAGUGGAGUACAUCGUGACAGACCGCCGUCCACAGAUCCAGAAGUUUCUGAGCGAUCGCAACAUCACACAGUUCUACGACGUGUGGCACUUUGAGAAAGAUUUGUCCGUGAAACUUAAAAAACUGUCGCAGAGCAAGGACUGUGGGGUGCUGAAGAACUGGCUGCGCAGCAUCAAGAACCACGUCUACUGGACCGCAGUGUCCUCAACUUCAGGGCCCGAGAAGGUGGCCAAGUGGACUUCACUGGUGAACCAUGUGCAAAAUGUACACGUGCACAAAGACCCCAUCUUCCCCAAGUGUGAGCAUCCUGUCAAAGUGUCCCGGGAUGAAAGUAAAUAUGUCAAACCAGGUUCAAUUGCAUUCAACAAAUUGGAAAAAGUUCUCGUUAACAAGACAGUAGUGGGGGAUGUAGAGAAGCUGAGUCAUCACAACCAGACUGCAUCUCUGGAGGCCUUCCACAGACUCAUCCAGCGCUUCGUGCCAAAGAAUGGGGUUCUCCCUUUCAUGGAGAUGUUGUGCAGGUUGUAUUUAGUAGUCAUGCAUUUUAAUGAAAAUGCAAACCGUGAAGUGGUCUACAAGGUCGUGAUCCUUGAGGACUUCAAGGGUGAAUGCAUCACCAAGCCAGUGAAAACAGAGCCAACACACAAUUACGUGGAUGACCUGAUGAGGCUGGUGUUUGAUGAGGUGCUGGAGGACCCAACUCCUUUUGUGGAGGAGUUAAAGUCCAUCCCCAUCCCCGGGGAGCGCUCCUCGCAGCAGGAGAGGCCUUCGAACCGUGAAGAGGUUCCCCACAACGUAUCCAGCCAAGUGAUGUUAGGAAGCCAGACUACUAACCUGCUGGUGCAGCAAACCCCCGGAGUAUCGGGAAUACAACCCUGGUUUAUCAUCUUAAACGCCCCCAGCUGACAGGGCUGCAGAUGAAAAGAUGAGACCAGACACUUUUAGCUGUACAGAUACAACCGUCUCUUCUUUGUUGAUAUGUAUAUAUGGCUGAUGAUUUACACAUGUUUUAUUCCGUUUUUCAACUUAAACUAAAAUAAAUUCACUUUGAGAGAAAAGUAAUUUCUCUUUCUGAGUU